AUGGCUACAGUUGAUGAAGAUUGGGAAGAAUGGACGCCCGAGAAAGGCUCUUUUGUCACUCAUAUGUUAGCAGGUUCCGCUGCUGGUGUUGCGGAGCACGUGUCAAUUUUUCCUAUUGAUACGGUUAAAACACAUAUGCAGUGCCAACAAUGUCCUGUCAAUGGUAAACCAUUAACAUUAACAGCAAUGCAAACAGCCCGUUAUCUUAUGAUACAAGAAGGACCAUCUCGACUUUUUCGGGGUGUUAGUACAAUGCUUGGAGCGAGUUUACCAGCCCAUGCUGUCUAUUUUUCAGUCUUUGAAGCAGCCAAGAAAGCAUUAAAUGCUGAUACAAAUACAUUAACACCCAUGGCUUCUGGAUCAGCAGGUGUGAUUGCUACUGUAUGUCAUGAUUUAAUCAUGACUCCCAUGGAUGUUAUCAAACAACGUCUACAAUUAGGAUAUUACAAUGGUGUUGCAGAUUGUUUUAAGACGGUUAUGAAGCAUGAAGGCUUGCGUGCACUGUAUAUUAGCUUCCCGACGACGCUUUUGAUGAAUUUACCGUAUAGCAUGAUAAUGGUGUCAGCAAACGAGACAUUUAAGAAAAUCUUGAACCCGUCGGGAGAAAUGAAUGUUUCGGCUUAUGUCGCCUCUGGCGCUGCGGCUGGAGCACUGGCUGGUGGGUUGACAAACCCACUGGAUGUGGCCAAGACACGGUUGCAGACCCAGUUUGUGAUGGUCUCUGAGGAAGCUUCGUGUCCAUCGCGUACCCGUUGUGCGCAGCUUCAGACACGUGGCGUGUCCAUCACGGUUCCCUCUUCAUGCUCGAUUAAUGGCCGCCCAGGGAGUGAACGGUCGGAACCAAUUUUGCGCCGUCAGUACGCUGGUCUGAUGGACGCGCUAAUUCAAAUUAAAGCUCAGGAGGGUUUUGCGGGCUUCUUUCGGGGCAUUUACCCGCGCCUUCUAGUACACGCACCUUCUGUGGCGGUGUCUUGGACAACGUUUGAAGUAUUAAAGAAGACCCUUGAUCGAAUGGGUACCGACGGCGAUUAG